AUGGUGGACUACUACGAAGUGCUGGGCGUGCCCCGCCAGGCCUCGUCGGAGGCCAUCAAGAAGGCGUACCGCAAGCUGGCGCUCAAGUGGCACCCCGACAAAAACCCCGAGAACAAGCAGGAGGCGGAGAGGAGAUUCAAGCAAGUGGCCCGGGCUUACGAGGUGCUGUCAGAUGCCAAGAAGAGAGACGUCUACGACCGGUAUGGCGAGGCGGGAGUGGAGGGAGGCGGCUGCGGAGCCGGCCGGGCCGGAGGCAGGCCCUACGAGGACCCCUUCGAGUUCGUCUUCACCUUCCGGGACCCGGCCGAGGUCUUCAGGGAGUUCUUCGGUGGCCAAGACCCGUUUUCGUUUGACUUCUUGGGAGCCCCGCUUGACAAUUUGGGGGAGUCAGAGGAGCUCCCGGGGGAGCAGAAACAGAGGGUCCGCGUCCCUUUUCUCCGCCUUCAAUGA